GCAGCCAAAGCAGAUCCUCAGCAUCAACUCCAAAAGAUUCCUUGAAGAUAUACCACCCCCCCCAGAGCCAUGGACCCUCGCUACUAGCCAAUUCACUCGUCCGCGAUUCACCCUCCACAUCCUUACGACCAUCUUCCCCCAUCACUCUCCGCCCACCGAGCACCAGAAUUCACCGGGUCUCUUCCCUCUCUCUCUCUCUCUCGCUCUCACUCGCCACCGAAUUCACCGUCACCACAGCAUCUAUCAAACGAUCGAUCUACAUCAUCACCUCCAACAUCAUCGCCAAGCCCACCACCACCACCACCUACCCACCAUGUUCUGUCUCCGGAGCUGGCUUCCCCUCCUCUUCAUCCCAACCAACGCCUCCCCCCUCUUCAUCAUCUCCUUUGUCACCCUAACCUACAUCCUCCACCGUCCCUGCAUCUACUGCUCCGCCUUACUCCUCAUCCUCUUCAUCUCCUCCUGCCACUGGUCCGACAAAUGUUUCUUCGACCUCCGCGGUGACUGGUUCUCCCCGCGCUACUCCACCACCACCACUACCGCUAUCGACCCCGUCAACGAAACCACCCUCGCCAGCUACGUCUUCGAAACUGUCAACAGCACCACCAAGGCCCUCGCCGGCGCCGUCCUCGAUGAAGCCCAGCGUCGUCUCGCCCUGAAUAACAACAACAAUGGUUCCCUAUCCGCAUCUUUGUCUCCGGCCGUACAGGACGAAUGGACCGGAAUCGGCCUGGAGUGGUUGAGAAGUCUCCUCGGACGGAGAGAAUGGACCCUACCUUGUGUGGAUGUCAAGGUUCGGUUGUAAAUGAGGGGUUGUGGUUAGAGUGCAUUCCUUCUCUUCGAACAUCCCGAGGGGUUUUUUUUUUCUUUCUAACCUUUUAUAUCGCGCAUUCUGAUGAAUAUGGCAGGG